CGCAAGCCACCACGUGGCUUGUAUUUGAUUGGUCCUUGGAAAUACCCCAUCCCAACUCACGAGAAAUUUCCAAAAGGCCGUGUUUGGCAACAAGUACAAACAAUAACUGAUACUCCAAUCAUCUGUUAGUUAAAAACGAACAUUUAAUUUUCCCGCGUCUUCUUAGACUCUCAAAACCCCAGAACGCUGAAACCUCCAAAACCCAACAGCAGAGAGUUACAGAGCAAGCGAAAAUGGAGCAAUGGGUCCCGCUCUUCGACAUCUUCUUGACCUCCCCAACUCCCGAGUCCGAAGCGUCUACAUGGUUAAACCAAUCUUUCAGUGCCUCAUCGUCAACCUCGACCCCGAUUACCACAGGCUCUUUCCUCUCGUUGCUAAUGAAGCCUUUGGAUUCGAUUGUCGUCGAUGAGUCUUCUUCUUCAUCUUCGGCUUGGCCUCCGUGUACAAAUAGGGUGAUGUUUAUACAGACUCUACCGAACAUGGUUCAGUCGCGGGUUCUGUCAUUUCUUGGUUUUGAACGUCAAAGGUUUUCAAGCAGCGAUUUGGCUAAGCUGGCCAGGACCGUUUUGAGUGGAAGUCAGGAGCUUGACUUUUGGGUACAUAGGGCUGCACGCAAUCUGCUCGAUGUAGUGUCUGAGUCAAGUUACGAGUGGAUUUCUUGCUUGAGUUUGGAUUCUGGGGAGGAUGAGUUUGAGUCCUUGCCGGGUUGGCUUAAGGAUUCCGCUGCUUCCAGUGACUUGGUUCUACCAUGGCUUCCUAUAUCGCCAGAAGAAUUGGAUUGGAGGACAGUGAAUGGUAAUUAUGAAAAUAACUAUGGCUCAUUGAGUCAAGUUGGAGAGGGUGAAGAUGAGGAUAUGAAUGAUGUUCUGGAGGAAAUGAAUAUUGAUAAUCCAGAAAGUGUUCAUCUUGAACCUGAAAUUAAAAAAAGGGCAGUAAGUUUGAAAGCUUGGGUUGUGGAUUUUCAAUCAACUUCUAAAACUGUUGGAUUAGCAAAAGAAAUUCGCGAACUUUGCUUAGAAAAAGGAGGAGAUUCUUUCACAGUUUUGGGUCUGAUUGAACCUUGGUUAGCUGAUGAUGAGACUGCUUCAAUUCUAUUAUCUCAUCUAACAAGUGGAAGUGAAGAAGAGCUUACUUGGCCAAGCCAGGUUCUGUGCUCGAUCAUGCUUCCCAAGUUGUUGGCCCUUGAGGAACCAGCUUCUCGUGUGCUAGUGACUGCAACAGUAGAGUACUGCAAGUGUCAUCAAAGGGCCAGUGAGUAUGCACUCUUAUUUCCACUAAUUCUUCGACGGGAUGGCAUCAACAACCCCAUAUAUGAUGUGAUCACGAGGAUCAUCAAGGAAAGCUUGCACCCAGCUCAUGUUGCUUCUUUCUGUCAGAAGCUGCUGUGUGGACAAAAAGAUGAGAGGAAAGUCAUUUGUCUUCCUUGCCAUCAAUAUCUGAUAACUGAUAAAAUGGUAUGGACAGAAUCAUUUUUUAACCUGCUCCAAAGCAUUUUGAAUCAUAAUGUUCAUUUAUCACAGAAUUCAGUUGACCAAAUUAUUUACCAGGUUCAGCAAUUGGCUGAAAGAUUUUCCAACUCUCUGAAAUUUGGGAACUUUUUGUUAUGUUUUGUCACCAAAUGUUCUCCAUUCUUGAAGCAUCACAAGCUUAUAUUGACUAGAGUAGUUGAGCAUAACAAAACGUUCUUAGCCAAAUCUAUAUUAGGUAAAUUGGCUGGCUUGUAGCUUUGAUUAAUUGUAAUUCUUUGGUUGAGUUUUUGUGCUGUGAGCCUGUCUCUAUGAAUGUACAUUUUGAACACCAUCUAGAUCUUAUCUCAAAAGCUAUUUUUUAUGUGAAUGAGCUAGUUUGUGGGAAAGUUCUACUGAAAUUUUAGUCUUAGAGCAAGCCAUUUUAAACUAUUGAUCUUCAUUCACUAGCAUUAUCUAAGCUACUGGUUUUUCUGUUUAUAUUGAAUUACAAUUAUGUUUUAAACCAUUAGGUAUUCAAGUAAUGUUUAGAAAGCAAUUAUGCUACUGUAGUGGUUGUGUUUGACCUGCUUGGUUAUUCUUCUCUUUUCCAUCAUAAUAACCUUUGUUCCUUUUACUCAUAAAACAUGAAUACGAAGAACUAUAGGAAAUUUACUCUGAGCAGGCCCAAAGGAUAUCCCAUAAAUCAGUUUGGAUGAAUUGUUUCAUUAUGUAGGCCACCUACUGUGAGUAAUAUGUUGGGCGCUGUAGAUGUGUAUCCUAUAAGCCAGUGUCGAGAAUUAGUUCGAUACUAUGACCUAGCUGGGAUAAAAAGCUAUAUGGUAACAAGGUUAUUUUUGUCCUCAUCUGUAAAAUAGUUCAUUGAUAUCAUAAAUGAUAUUAUCAAUAUCUAUAUACAACACUGAUGGUAUAUCCCUCAACAAGUCUUAAUCAUAUUAACGAAAGAGAAUCGAUAAAAACAUAUAUUGCCUCAUCUUGAAAGCAUAAGAGAUACCAUUAUUUCUAUUAAGAACUCCCCAAACAAACAGAAAAAUAGAACCAAAGAAGAGAGAGAAAAGAAAUACAUUAUCCAGUUGCCAAGCAUCUCCCUUUUUUUUUUUUUUUUUUUUCUCUCUGAGUGGUCUUUUAU